AAAGAUGAACUAAAUUUUUACCAUAAUGUUUUAAUUUUAUCUAUUUUCAGAGGCACUUAAAACUAACCCAACCAUAAAACGAAGGUGAAAGUGAAAGAUUGACUGAAAAUAAAAAUAUUCGGAAGUCGAAAAUGCAAUGUGGUGUUGAAACAAUGAAUGACUGUGAGAGAUCACCGGGUCGGCAAGGGUUGAGAGUUAAUUUCACAGAGAAAGGUGAAGUGAAAGAGCGACGUGAAAAGUUUUUAACCGCCAAAUAUGGAUCGCAUCAAAUGAGUCUUAUCAGGAAGCGACUUGCUGUUGAGAUGUGGCUUUACGAUGAAUUACAGAAGCUCUUCGAUCCACCUAACGAAGCCGUUGAUGUUGAUAUCGAUGAAAUUUUAGAUAUGGACACUGACGAUAUUAGACGGACACAUUUAUUUAGUCUCUUAUCAAAUUCAACUUGCAAACGAUCCGAAAAGGACAUUUCAAAAUUUAUCACCGAUCUUCUGGAUCGUGCCAAGACGCUUUGAGCUGAUAUCGAGAUUGACGUUUAGAAAGGCGCCAUCGGUCUUUAUAUUGCUUUUCCAUAAGCUCCAGUCUUAAGAUUCUACGAUAAAAAAACUAUUUGUAAAAGAAAGAAAAAAACUUAGACAAAAAUUUCAUUGGUGAAAAAAAAAAUUAAAAAACUUUUCUAUUUGAAAUGGAAAUAACAAAAAAAAAAUCAUCGUGAAUUUUAGAGUUUAAGUUGAUUACUUUUUUAGUUUUAAGAUUUUAUAAUAAAAUUAAAAAAAAUAUGCACACAUUUUCUUAUAAGAAUUCUAAAAGAAUGACACGAAGUUUAAUUAUAAAUGUGCAAAUUUCAACGAAUUAACAACGUUACGACGAUAUUACUUAUAAGUUAAAGUAAACCAACAAAAGUUUCAAUAACAUUGCGGUAGACUUCAGUAUAUAAUUUCUACACCUACACAUUAAAAACACAGAAGAUAGCAGAACGCAAUUUCCUUUAUCUUGCUCAUGUUAUCAAAUUUAUAGCCAAGAUCCACUGCCAAAUUAUCACAAUGGGGGAAUUAUGGCUUCCUUUUUUUCUUGGAAAUUGUGAGAGUUUUUAUGACUUGAUCUUUAAGAUACUGAAGUCAGAAAGUCUAAAUCCAUGUAACUGUCAAAGUCAUUAAAGUUUUCGUUGUUACAUUUAAUGAAGAAAAAUUAAAAAUAAACUUCGAAGUGACGCGAUAAACUCGUAUGACAAACACAUGUGUGAGAAAGAAAAUUCAAAUAACAUUCCACAGAGCAAAUUUUCCCAAACUUUCAUCUAAAUGUUUUUAUCCCAUGCGUUGUUCCAUUUUCUUUUAGGAAAAAUCAACAUUGUGGUGUGACUCAUUAGAAAUAUUUGUUGUAAAAUUUUCUUGCUCAACAUUGUAAUAAGAAUGCAAACUGUUUUUCUUUUUUAUAAAUGUUCUGGAGUCUUCUGAAAUAAUUGUCAGACAGAAAACGUAAUGACACAUCGAUGACGGUUACAAAUGAUUUACAUCUUUGAAUUGGUGGCUUUAAUUAAACAAAUAAACUUUUUACUACUACCUACUGGAAAUCAUUAGGAUAAUUAAAUUAAUGGCUUUUGAACGAUUCAUUAUCGAAAAAGAAAAUUCAAAGAAAAACGUGGGAAAUGAAUCCGUGAUUCGAUAAUAAGAAAUCGAUAUAAAAAGAUGAAAUGAAGGUGGAAAAAAAGAAACGCAAUGAAUGGAAACAUUUUUAUUGUUCAACUUGUAAAGAAAUAUUUUGAGAGAAAGAAAUUUUCUUUUUUUUCUUUUGUAAUCUCUACUGGGAGAAACACUUUGACAGAUUUUGAUAGAAAAAAAAGAGUGGAAAAUUACUUUUAGAUGGUUCUUUGAACCUCCAACCAUUUGUGUCUAGCAUAAAUAAAGUGAUGUCAUGACUUUGUAAUGUCACAACCCUCAUCAAAAUCACAAAAGAAUAAAAUAAAUAUUAGAAAAAAAUUAUUAGAUUGUACUUAGCGGUGAAAUUAUGAAAACUUGAUUUGAUACAACAAUCAGACAUUUUUACGGGAAUAAUAUACUGUCGGUGUUUAAUAUGAAAUGCUCAAUAAAUGGAGCAACAACAAGUACAUAGUUAUAGAAACCUUUCAAUCAAAUGCCAUCAAGUGUAAUUAACUAAUAAUUGUGUUGCUUGAUUGGAUCAUAAGCAUAGGGAAAACAUAACAAGAAAAGAUUCUCUACAUUCUCAUAAAUUGAACAUCACCACCCACCACACCACUAUCUUUGCUACAUUGUUCAUCCUGAAAAGAUUGCUUUAAUAAGAUUCUUAUUAAAUUUUCCAUAUCCUGAAAGUGUUGGGAAAAGCAUGUAUUUGAGUAUGUUGAGUUUUUGGAACUUGUUUUCUGCAAUGAAUUUUUUAUAUUGCAACCUUCAUUAAUUAUGUGAGUUAAAAAAGCUAAAAGUUUCAAAUAAAUACGCUUAUAUUUGUAAUAACAUAAUAAUUUCAGCUAAAUAACUUUUUGCUGUCUAAACUUAUGUAUUUCAAAACUGCAAAAACGUUAUACGUAGAUACUUAAAAAAAUUAAAAACAUUUUUAAACGACGCUACCAUUUCAAAAAGCUUCUCAUAAAUCAUAAUAAACCUUUCUAACAAAUAACCAGACAACCUAGAAAUCCUCUUUCAAAUUAAAAAGCGCUUGAUAAACCUUUUCUCAACGCCUCUUACAUUUCAUAUCAUCAAAAGCUCAUCAAGAACGUACAUUUUAACUUGCUUAACACAUCAGCGAUUUUAAAGCUUUCAAAAAGAUACAUAAAUACUUUGCGAGCAUAUAUUCUCGAAACAAUUGAAAAUUUUAUGAACUCAAUUUUAUGCAUUUUUUGGCUCUUCAAGUCUGUAGAAAAUAAUUCUAAGUAUUUUUAUGGUCUAAGUAUGUGUAUUUAACACUCUUUUUCAUCUACUCAGAUGCUUACACACACAAAAAGUAUCUAAGUAAAAGUUUCUAUAGUUUCUGGAAACAUGGAAUCUCAUAAUAAAGUGAAGCUCUUAACCAUAGUUAAUCAAUGAAUAAUAAACGACGCAAAUUGAUGUCGUCAAGAAAAAAAAAUUAAUUGUAAUGCUAAACAUUAAGAAAAAAUUGAAGAGAAAUAAAGGUUUUAUGUAAAUAUUUCGAAAAAAAAGAAG